AUGGCUAACAAGUGCAUCCUCCAAAUCGCUCUCCUGAUGUGUUUCUCCACCACAGCUCUUUCCAUGAGCUAUGAUGUGCUUCGAUACCAACAAAGGAGCAGCAAUUUGGCAUGUCAGAAGCUCCUGGGACAGUUGCCUGGGACUCCUCAAUAUUGCCUCGAAGAUAGGAUGAACUUUGAGGUCCCUGAGGAGAUUAUGCAACCACCACAAUUCCAGAAGGAAGAUGCAGUAUUGAUUAUCCACGAGAUGCUCCAGCAGAUCUUCGGCAUUCUCAGAAGAAAUUUCUCUAGCACUGGCUGGAAUGAAACCGUCAUUAAGACUAUCCUUGUGGAACUUGAUGGGCAGAUGGAUGACCUGGAGACAAUCCUGGAGGAAAUCAUGGAGGAGGAAAAUUUCCCCAGGGGAGACAUGACCAUUCUUCACCUGAAGAAAUAUUACUUGAGCAUUCUGCAGUACCUGAAGUCCAAGGAGUACAGAAGCUGUGCCUGGACAGUCGUCCAAGUGGAAAUCCUCAGGAACUUUUCUUUCCUUAACAGACUUACAGAUUACCUCCGGAACUGA